CGAUUCCUCACCGGCUGUCGAUAAUUUUGUGCAACGCAUGUCGUAAUCUCUUUUUGUUAAAGUUCGGUUAAAGUUUCCAUUAAAUCAAUUAAAAUGGCUCAAAGUAGGCUGGAAAAGAUCGGCACCAUCUUCACCAGAGUUCAGGGCCUGCUCCGUGGUGGGGCCAUGAAAACAGAGGAUAAACCUAUUUGGUACGAUAUUUACGCCGCCUUUCCGCCGAAACUGGAGCCCCGAUUCGACAGACCAGCUCCGGAUAUCCCAAUACGCAACAUAUUCUAUGCCGAGGAUGUAGUGCGAGCGAAACUCCAUAAGCAGAAUAAGCCUCAGGAAACAAUAUCCCUUUUUGACCACAAGCGAAGCACGCAGUCGCAACAGUUCGUCCAGAUCUACCAGGACUUGAAAGCGCAGGGAGCCUUAGAUGAGCAGAAGAUCUACGAAACCGCUUUGGACCUUCUCGCCGAGCAACGACAACAAUCGCGCUUGGAGGCAACAACGGAGGAGGUCAUGCCAGAACUAGAAACAGAAACAAAGUCGCAAUUGUUAAGCGACUUCAAGGAAGCGGUUGAAUCCAAGCAAUCCAAGUCGUCAUCUUCUCCAGCUCCUUCCAAGGCGAAAAAAGACGAUGGCGUGGGUAUAAACAUAGACAGUUUGUUCAAGGAUUAGGCGGAAAAUCUUUUAUAUACUAAAAAUAAACUUGUUAUAUAUCAAA